CAAAGCCCAGCAUAGUGGCACCACCUGUGAUCUCAGCCGUCACGAAGCUGAGGCAGGGGGAUCGCCAGUUCCAGGCCUGUCCCAACUGCAUACAAAGCCAGGCCAGCCUGAGCUACAGAGCGAGGCUUUGUCUCCAUAAGCCAGACACUUCCGGGUUCCUCCCUCUGGCAAGAUGGCGACGUUCCUGGAGGAGGUGCAGGGCCCGAGGCUUCCGGAGCUGUUGGAAACCAGCAUACAACUUCUGGAGGAGGUGGAGUCCGCGACCCAACCUACAAGCUCCAAGCUAAUCCAAGACAAGGUGACCAGGGCCUUGGAACUCCUGGAGAAGGCUUCAAACAUGUUGUCACAGCUUGAUUUAUUCAGCCGGAAUGAAGACUGGGAGGAGAUUGCUUCUGCGGACCUCAGGUACCUGAUGCUCCCGGCCCUGAAGGGCAUGCUCACGCUGAAGCUGGUGGGCGCCAGCCAGCGCCUUUACCACCUGCAGGAGGCUCGGGACCACUUCAUGAACUUCCUAAUCCAGAGCCAAAACUACCAUGUGGCCGAGUUUCAGCUGCCCUGUGUCCAAAGCAGCUCCCCGGUAGGCAGCCCCGCCGCUUCCUCCUCCCUGGAGCCCAGCCUCGUUGCCAUGGCAUCCCAGAGGCAGGUCAAAAUCGAGAGGUACAAGCAAAAGAAGGCAGUGGAGCAGAGGCUGUCUGCUCUGAAACCAGCAGUGGAGAGCCACCAGGCUGACGAUGAGCACGUCAGGGAGUAUUAUCUCCUUCAGCUUCGCAGGUGGAUUAACAUCAGCUUGGAUGAGAUCGAGAGCAUCAACCAGGAGAUAGAGAUCCUGAGGGAAAGACACCCCUCCGCUGAGGCAUCUGCUUCCUUGUCUCCUCAGGAGAGGCCUCCAAUAAAACCUUUCAUCCUCACUCGGAGUGUUGCCCAAGCACAAGUCUUUGGAGCUGGGUACCCAAGUCUGGCAACUAUGACGGUGAACGACUGGUACGAACAGCACAAGAAAUGUGAGGUCUUAUCCUCAGGUCAGGAAACAGAAAAGGAGGCAUCACCACCUGAGUCCCACAGAGGAUCUCAGAAAGAAGAGCCGGAGCCUGAGCAGAAGGAAGGAGAGGAAGAUGAGGACACCCUCCACAGGAGGCAGCAGUGGGAUGACUGGAAGGACACCCACCCUAGGGGCUACGGCAACCGACAGAACAUGGGCUAGCUUCCCCUCGGUGUAAAAGGUCAACGGGGCAGUCACCUUCCCAGACAAGGAAAAACCCUGUUCUCUUUGCUGCAGGCAUGUGCAACAAAGGCAAAGAUACUGAAUCUUGUUUUGUAUUCAAUA